AUGAGAGUCAAUAGUUUCAAAGAAAACUUUAAGAUUGGAAUAUUAUUUAAAAAGUUCACAAAAAAUAAAUCAAAGCUGAAGAUAUUUCCAUGUGAUUGCAGAAGAAAGGUAAAUAUUAUUAGAAUUUCCCAUUGAGCAUAAAAAAAUCAAUCAAUAAUUGAAGAAGUGUGAAAUGUCUUAGGAUUAAUUAAGGCGAUUUAAGUUUUUAUACUUAUAUAUAAUUUAAAUCAUUUAAAAAUUGAUACUUCAUAAAGAUCCCAUGAGCAGAUUGUGGAAAAAUUAAGUAUUUAAUUAUAAAUAUUAAAAAGAGACUUGAGGGUUUACAAAGGAGAAUAUAAAUCGGAGUAUAAAAUCGGGAGGAUUUUAUCUUUAGAGGAAGUUGA